AUGCUGGAAUGAAAAAUUUCUAAUACAUAUAUUGACUACUCCCAUUAAAUUUCCAAUACACGCCUCUUAUUCUAUAUACUUUACAAAAUAAAUUGAUAUGUGAAGAGGGAAAGAAUCUCAUCGUUAUGAAAGCACGGAAAUACAUGUGACGUAUAGAUCCCGACCUUGGAAUUGGAAGCAGAUCUCACAAGAGCGAUAGUGCAUUUCUGGACAUUCGCCAGAGAGUGUCGACGAAGAAAACUCACCUUCGCUUUUGCCUACAUAAACGUAACACUAAACUUCGCUGGAGGAGAACGGAAAAAAUAUAGUUAUUUAAACGAUAAGAAAUAAAGAAUAGCCUUCGACUAGCCGAUCGAUUGUGUGAACACUAUAAUCAAGGAAAUAUAGCCGAGCUUAUCAGAAGUGUCACGCUCGUCAGUGCCCAGUUUUGUUCGUGAAGAGAAACACGUUCUAAACAUUCCGUUCACAGAAAAUAUAUCUGCAUCAUGAUUACAAUUCACAAGGGCAUAGAUAUUUUGACAGGUAUAUUACGGCUUAUUCUGCAAAUUCUUUAUUAUAUCUGUGAGAGCACAUAUUAUACCUUACUUGGAUCAGAAGAAAAAAACGUAGCUGGUGAAAUCGUUUUGAUAACAGGCGCGGGUCACGGUAUAGGAAAAGAAUUAGCGAUUCAAUAUGCGCAACUGGGUGCAAUAGUGGUCUGUUUAGAUGUGAAUCAGCAAUCAAAUGAGAAGACAGCAAACGAGAUUAAAGAAAUUGCAAAAAGUGCGGUACACACGUAUCAAUGCGAUGUAUCUAAUCGAGAACAAGUUUUUGAAGUGGCUAAAAAAAUUAAAGAGCAAGUGGGCGAUGUAACUAUUUUAAUUAAUAAUGCCGGUAUAAUGCCUUGCCACGCAUUCAUGGAUUACACGAGCGAUCAGAUCAAACUCUUUGACAUAAACAUAAUCGCACAUUUUUGGAUGUUGCAAGCAUUUCUACCAAGCAUGAUUAAAAAGAAUUAUGGUCACAUCGUUGCACUCUCGUCAAUAACAGGACUCGUAGGAAUUCCUUAUUUAGUGCCUUAUAGCGCUACAAAAUACGCAGUCAGAGGUCUUAUGGAAACGCUUAAGGACGAGUUAAGAAUAUCUAGUAAUGGAAAAUCUUUGAUCAACUUCACUACCAUUUGUCCUUACAUGGUUGACACCGGACUUUGCAAAAAGCCAAAAAUAAAUAAAUUACUUCCAAGCUUUACGUCAUUGAAUUCGCCAAAAUUUGUAGCUACACAAAUAAUUAAAGCUCAACGGCAAAACAUAACAGAAAUAUCUGUACCAGCAUUUUGGACAUAUUGCAUCUCAUUCACUAGACUUCUACCCGAAAAAGCACACUUCUGUAUAAAAGACUUUUUCGACAGCGGUGUCGAACCAGACACUUAAUCAAUAUAAAAAUUGCACAAUUGCAUUAAAUCAAAUUUUUUAAGACAGGAAAAAAUAGAAAAUACAUCUAAAACAAUUUUAUCGGUUUUUGUAAGUUACUAUAUUGUAUUGUAUUUUAUAUUUU